AUGUCGGCGGAUCUGGCCGAGCGGCUGAGCGCCCCAUCCCAGAGGGCCGCGUCCUCCUCCGACGCCGCGGCGGAGGCAUCGUCGGCUCGAUCGGUGAAGCUAGACCACCUGCGGCUGCGCUUCUCCUCCGCGGAGCUCGAGGCGACGUUUGUCGAACAUUCGUUCCGCGCUCUCCUCGGCCUGCACCUCGGCGCCGCGGUCACGCACGCCUUGCUUCAUGUUGGCCUGAGAGCGCUCGAGGCGAACGAGACGGGGCAGCCGUUCCCGAGGCACCUGGCCCUCGUGCGGUGCGCAGCGGCUACGACAUACCUGGCUCUCCGGGUGGGCGCCCACCUCCACGACGCCAAGAGAAACGCACGCGUUGCUUGGGUCAUCGGUGCGCUCGUCUCCCUCGCCCUGCUGCCCGCGUGGGCCGAGUCGAGCGCGUUGCCGAUGCCGGACGGCGGCGAGGCGGCGGGCGGUCUGCGCGGCCACACAGCCUUGUUUGCGCUUGGCGCUGCUGCGCUGCUGCAACCGCUACUUAUCCAGCUCCACUUUCCCGGGGUGUCCAUCCGCCUGCUCUGUCUCUUUGUCUCGUUUGCGGGACUGGCGGCGCCCCUGCUGAGCCCCCUCGCCGAAGCCGCACCGGCGCCCGGCGGCGCCAUGGCCCGCGACGCAGUGCGUGCCCUCGUCGGCGCGUGUGCGCCGCUGGCGUCGCCGCUGUUGCGUGGGCCUGACGAGGCGGCGGCGGUGGCGCUGCUCCUCGCGGCCGGCGCGGCGAUCGCACACGUGUUUGAGGCGGUGCUGCGGAGAGGGCAUCUGUGGCAGGCGUCGCUUCUCGUGUCGAUGGGGCAGCAGGUCGCCGCCGACUCCAAGCUCAACCACCUCCUCAAGAACAAGUCUGCCGAGGCACGCGCCGAGAUUGACUCGCUGCGACGGGCGACGGGGACGGGCCUGCCUCCGUCCGUGGCGGAGUCUGACGACGAGGGUCGCGAGCUGGAGCUGCAUGUGAAGCUCACCAACAACAACCAGCCGGGCGUGCCAGCGCUGACACCCGAUCAGUGCAAACGCGCUUUUCAGGCGGACGCCCCAGCCUCUCCUCCCGGCUCCGUUAGCGACGCAACAGAGUAG